UAUCUUGCGUGUCAGCUUCUUCUCCAAAACUCAGGUUCGUUUCUCGACAGCCUGCCUCUCAUUCAUCCCAUUCCUCUCGUGAAGCCUGACUGAUAGUAUACCCCUUGUCCAUUGCUGCUCUUACUCUGUCUCUCUACCUCAUUCACUAUCAUCUACAAUGGUCAAGUCCGUCAAGAAGGGAGGAAAGAAAGAGACCAAGUUGUCCAAGAAGGAAGACGACAAGACAAAGAACGACAAACCCCAACGAUGGGUUCUCGCGGACCUUCAGGACCACAAUGCCUUCUUUGACAGUUUGGUGGACAUGAUUCCCUCCAAGCUGUACAUUGCCGGCAACUCUGGCGACGACUACAAUCCCAAGUACUACAAGGGUCAACACAAGGAGAACCGCGAAGCUCGUAGAGCCCAGCAAAAGGCAUCCAAGCGUGCCAAGUAUGAUCCGUCGCAGUCCGAGUCCACGGUCCAAACCAAGAAGCGUCUCGAAGAAGAAAAGGAGGGAGACAAUGGUGUCAUGCCAGUGAUGCCUACCAAAGCCGACAAGAAGAACGGUGUGGUGGCCAACGGUGUCGUUGUAACGGACAACAAGUCCCGUAUUGAAGCCUUGCGGGCCAAGUUGCAUGCCAAGAUUGCCGAGAAGAGCAGCAAUCGUCCCACCGAUCCUUCCGUCGUCAGCAAACGUGCGGCUCGUCGAAGUGAGAAACAACGACGCAAGGAAGAAGCCAUGAAGAAGAAGAAAAGCGCGUCGAGCAAGGUCCACAACAAUGGCAAGAACGACAAGUAUACCAUGGCAGCAUCGACUUCUACUGGUGCCGAUCCGGCGCGAGACUUGGAACAGAUUGACUUUGGACGAUUGACUGGACUCAAUGCUGCCACUCCCAACUACAAAAACAACAAGGCGUUGGCCAAUUUGAGCACUGGAAAGAAUCUAGAAAAGAUACUGGCGGAUGCCGAAGAAAAACGACUCAAGUUGGAGGAACUCAAACGCAGCGACAAUCCAGAAGACAAGGAACAACUCACCAAGAUUCAAUGGUCGGACGCUCUCAAGGAGGCGUCUGGCGAACGUGUCAAGGAUGACCCGGCCAAGCUCAAGAACAAACUCAAACGAAAGGCGGCCAAAAAGGCAAAGUCCCAAAAGGCGUGGAAGAGUCGUUUGGAUCAGACACAACAAAAGAUGGAUGAACGUCAAAAGAUUCGGUCGCAUAAUUUGGACAAGCGAAAGAUGGGAGGCAAAGCUGGGUCUAAUCUGAGCAAGAAGCGCAUUGAAGAGGAAGCAACCACCAAGGGGCGACUCCGGCCUGGCUUUGAAGGAAAGUCGCACAGUUUCUUGAACGAAGGCAAGAAAAAGCCGACGCAGCAGUAGUGUCUACGUCUACUAGUUAGUGGGUCCUAUUGGUUUGUCUCGUUUCUCUUUUCAUAUUUGGUAUUAUCUAUCCUGUAUAAAAAUAUAGGAUUCUGGGUUUACUG